UUUUUUUUUUUUUUUUUUAUACCACUUUUUAUUUCGUGUUUUGUGUAUAUUUUAUUGCGGCGUGGCCUGCCCCGGGGCAAAAAAGACGUGAAACAAGCUUCGAGGCGGAGGUCGCACUGAGUAAUUACAGCGGCAGUAUAAGCAGUAGAUCAGUCCCGGCAGAGCUGAGCCUCAAGCCAGACCACUGAGCUGCUCUUACAUCGGAUCACUGCCCGAGCCUUUAAGAAGGAAAAGGUUUCUGUACCCAUUAUGGACAGUAUGCUAGACAAUCUCUCAAAAACUGAGUUUAUCAGCAUUUGUGUUCAGGAUCCAAGGCUCCAUAAAGAUGACCUCUGGCACACACACGUCGACUACGAGAUCUCUUUACAUACCAAUAGCAUGUGUUUUCGGAAGAAGACUUCCUGUGUAAGGCGGCGUUACAGUGAGUUUGUUUGGCUGCGUCAUUGUCUGGAACAGAAUGCUCUGAUCAUAGAAUUACCAAAGUUGCCACCCUGGAACCCUUUUUUCAGUCUGAGGAACACAGAACAGGUCUCACAGAGGAUGAAGGGCCUGCAAAAGUUUUUAGAAAGUGUUCUUCAUACACCAUUAUUGUUAUCGGACAGCCGGCUCCAUCUGUUCCUCCAGUCAGAACUCAGCAUCACGAAGAUGGAAAACUGUGCUCUUGGUAAGACGAGAUAUACAGUAGCCGAAGCCAUACAGCGUUCCAGCAGGGUUUACAUCAGUAGAUCAGAGGACAAGGGCUCCUGUGACUCUGACUGUGAAAGCAGCUCUUCAUCGUCGGGCUUGGGACUAAGUGUGGACACUCCAAUGCGAAGUAGCCCGCUCCCCUUCUUCAAGUCCUGUGACAGAGACCCAGAGCUGUUCAGCUGUCUUUCAGAAUCCUCCACCACACUCAUUUAGUCCUGACGCACAGCAGUUGCACUUCCAUCUUCCUGUCUCUUUAGACAUAGGUCAUCAACGUAUUAACCUGUUUGUGACUCACCAUCAAGCUCUUUCUUUUCUUAGUUAACUUUCAAAGAGCAAAAAACUCUUAUUUUUGUUAACUUCAUCAUUCUCAAACAUUUGUUUUAAUAAUUUGCUUUAGUUUUCUCUUAAAGCAAUACCUCAGUCAUUUAAUUUAGUGUGUACUUGGGGGAAAAAAAAAUAUCAUUUUUAAAAAUUGUACAGUAAACCUACAUUUUGUAAUUGUGAAUUCUUAAACAUUUCCUAUGUAUAUAUUUUUAUCAGCACUGAAGCUGUACUGUGGUUAGCAAGGGAUGUGUUUUGAAAUUGUAGACAGGUUUUUUUUGUUUGUUUUUUUGUUUUUUGUUUUUUGUUUUAGAAAAAUAUUUGAAUACUUUUAUGAUUUGUUAAUGGAUGAAUAAAUGGUCUUUUUUGAGGAAAAAAAAGUCUUGUCUUAAAUAUUCUUUGUCACUGAAUUUGGCAAAAAUUUGAAGUGCCAGAACAUAGGUUUGGCUCUACCUUGUGACAUGCAAUUUAUCUUGAUGACUACAGUGCAACUGUUCUGUCAUGCUCUGUUAUAACAGCCCAGUAGAGGGAGUGUAGACUUUAUAGGACCUGGAGCUCAUGAGUGUAUGCAGUAGUGGGAUGUUGGUCCAAGAUGCUGACAAAGUUGAUUCAGACCUUUUUGCACUGUGGUUCAUGUGCAAAUUAUUGAUGUAUGUAAUUUGAAAGAUUCGUGCAUAGCGUGCAUCCUAAAAUUGUGCAAUUUUAGUUUUCCCGAGUCGAUGAAAAAUUCACUGUCAAGCUGUACCGAAAACUGCACUUGAAAGAACAUAG